AUCCCUUCCCCCCCACGGCAAUGUCCAAGGGCUUGAAGAAGAAAAGCCACUGGACUAGCCGAGUCCAUGAGUGUGUCAUCGUGAGGAACCAGGAGGGCCAGCUGGGCUUUGAGCUCAAGGGGGGAGCCGAGAACGGGCAGUUCCCGUACCUGGGGGAGGUGAAGCCCGGCAAGGUGGUCUACGAAAGCGGCGGCAAGUUGGUGCCCGACGAGCUGCUCCUGGAGGUGAACGAGACCCCCGUGGCCGGGCUCACCAUCAGGGACGUGCUGGCUGUGAUCAAGCACUGCAAGGACCCCAUCCGGCUCAAGUGUGUCAAGCAAGGUGGAAAGCCCAAGAUAGCAGCAUUCUUCCAGCCCUUGGGAUUCGUGAACAGUGGAGGCAUUGUGGAUAAGGAUCUUCGUCACUACCUCAAUUUACGAUUCCAGAAGGGUUCAGUGGACCACGAGCUCCAGCAGAUAAUCCGAGACAAUCUCUACCUCCGAACAGUGCCAUGCACUACAAGGCCUCAUAAGGAGGGGGAAGUCCCUGGUGUGGAUUACAUUUUCAUCACUGUUGAAGAUUUUAUGGAACUAGAGAAAAGUGGUGCUCUUUUAGAAAGUGGGACAUAUGAAGACAACUACUACGGUACUCCAAAGCCUCCAGCAGAGCCAGCCCCAUUAUUGUUAAAUGUAACAGAUCAGAUCCUCCCAGGUGCAACACCCAGUGCUGAAGGCAAACGCAAGAGAAAUAAGUCCGUGAGCAAUAUGGAGAAGACUGGAAUAGAGCCUCCAGAGGAAGAGGAGGAAGAGAGAGCUGUCGUCAAUGGCAAUGGCAUGGCGAUAACACCAGAAUCAAGUGAACAUGAAGAGAAGAGUACAGGUGCCUCAGGUGAAACAACUUCUCAGCCUUACCCUGCGCCUGUCUAUAGCCAACCUGAAGAAGUGAAGGAAGAAAUGGAUGUAACAAAACAGCCCAAACCUGAAGAAAAUGAUGAAUUGGGCCCAUUGCCUGACAACUGGGAAAUGGCUUACACAGAGAAGGGAGAAGUCUAUUUUAUUGACCAUAACACAAAGACAACAUCAUGGCUGGAUCCACGACUUGCGAAAAAGGCUAAACCUCCUGAAGAGUGCAAAGAAAAUGAUCUUAAGCUAAUGGGUUGGAUCCAAAGUUUCCCUUCUUCCGACGGAGGAAGCUUUCCUCUGACAGAGGAAGAGAAUAAAGAGCUACCAUAUGGCUGGGAGAAAAUUGAUGAUCCUAUUUAUGGCACUUAUUAUGUUGACCACAUAAAUAGAAGGACACAAUUUGAAAAUCCAGUUUUGGAGGCAAAAAGGAAGCUACAGCAGCGUACCAUGCCCAACGCAGAACUUGGAACAAAGCCUAUGCCGGCCCAUGGUUUCCGAGUAGAAAGCUCCUCAUCAACAUUACCUAGGCCCAAACAUGUUCACCCGCGCCCUGCUCCUCAGAGGUCUCGCAGUGUGAGUGACCUGUCUCUGAGUCCGUGGGACCAUGCUGGAGUGUACAGGCUGUAUGGUAUGUCCAAGUGCUGCUACUUACCCAGGCUGCACUUUUGUAACAGAACAAAAAAAGAAAAACCGCUCUUCACCCGUGAUGCCUCACAACUGAAGGGGACUUUCCUCAGCACAACCCUUAAAAAAAGCAAUAUGGGCUUUGGAUUUACCAUCAUUGGUGGGGAUGAGCCCGAUGAGUUUCUUCAGGUGAAGAGUGUCAUUCCUGAUGGGCCUGCAGCACAGGAUGGCAAAAUGGAAACAGGUGAUGUCAUUGUCUAUAUUAAUGAAGUUUGUGUCCUUGGGCAUACUCACGCAGAUGUAGUCAAACUCUUCCAGUCUGUUCCCAUUGGUCAGAGUGUCAACCUGGUGCUAUGUCGUGGAUACCCUCUGCCCUUUGAUCCUGAAGAUCCUGCCAACAGCAUGGUGCCACCACUUGCAGUCAUGGAGAGGCCUCCGGUAGUAGUAAAUGGAAGACAUAACUAUGAAACUUAUUUGGAAUACAUUUCUAGAACUUCUCAGUCUGUUCCAGAUGUAACAGAUCGGCCACCACAUUCCUUGCACUCCAUUCCAGCAGAUAGUCAGCUUGAUAGCACAUUCCCACCACCUGUUCAUGAUGAUAAUGUAUCAAUGGCUUCUUCUGGGGCCGCGCAAGCUGAACUCAUGACCUUAACCAUUGUGAAAGGGGCCCAGGGCUUUGGCUUCACUAUAGCAGACAGUCCCACAGGACAGAGAGUGAAGCAGAUUCUAGACAUUCAGGGGUGCCCUGGUUUAUGUGAAGGUGACCUCCUUGUUGAGAUCAACCAGCAGAAUGUACAGAACCUGAGCCAUGCAGAAGUAGUGGAUAUGCUUAAAGAAUGUCCAGUUGGAAGUGAGACUUCUUUGACUAUCCAUAGAGGAGGAUUCUUCUCACCAUGGAAGACUCCAAAGCCUAUGAUGGAACGAUGGGAAAACCAAGGCAGUCCGCAGACAAGUUUAUCUGCUCCAGCGAUACCGCAAAAUAUUCCCUUUCCACCCACCCUUCACAGGAGUUCUUUUCCUGAUUCAACAGAGGCCUUUGACCCAAGGAAACCUGACCCAUAUGAGCUGUAUGAGAAAUCACGAGCUAUUUAUGAAAGUAGGCGUCCGGAUUACAAGGAGUUGGAUGUUCAUCUUCGGAGAAUGGAAUCUGGCUUUGGCUUCAGAAUUCUUGGAGGAGAUGAACCUGGACAGCCAAUUCUAAUUGGAGCAGUAAUUGCCAUGGGCUCAGCAGACAGAGAUGGCCGCCUACAUCCUGGUGAUGAGUUGGUCUAUGUAGAUGGAAUUCCAGUGGCUGGCAAAACCCACCGAUACGUGAUUGAUCUCAUGCAUAAUGCAGCUCGAAAUGGGCAAGUGAAUCUAACUGUGAGAAGAAAGGUGCUACCCACAGGAGAACCGUGUCCAGAGAAUGGAAGAAGUCCAGGCUCUGUGUCUACACACCACAGUUCUCCGAGAAGUGACUAUGCCACCUACGCUAACAGCAAUCAUGCUGGAUCAAGUAGCAAUGCUACACCCCCAGAGGGCUUCGCCUCACACAGCUUGCAAACCAGCGACGUUGUCAUCCAUCGCAAAGAGAAUGAAGGGUUUGGCUUCGUCAUUAUUAGCUCUUUGAACAGGCCUGAAUCUGGAUCUGCAAUAACUGUACCCCAUAAAAUAGGCCGGAUAAUUGAUGGAAGUCCUGCUGAUCGCUGUGCAAAACUAAAAGUCGGAGACCGGAUAUUAGCUGUGAAUGGCCAGUCUAUUAUUAACAUGCCUCAUGCAGAUAUCGUGAAGCUAAUUAAAGAUGCUGGUCUUAGUGUAACUCUUCGCAUCAUUCCUCAGGAGGAGCUGAACAGCCCAGCUUCUGCCCCCAGCUCAGAGAAACAGAGCCCCAUGGCACAACAGCACAGUCCGAUGGCUCAGCAAAGCCCCCUGUCACAGCAGAGCCCUGUAGCACAGCCGAGCCCUGUAGCACAGCCGGCACCUCCACAGCCGCUCCAGUCUCAAGGACACGAAAACAGUUAUAGGUCAGAAGUAAAAGCAAGGCAGGAUGUGAAACCUGAUAUCCGGCAACCUCCCUUUACAGACUAUAGGCAGCCUUCAACAGAUUACAGGCAGCCUCCACUAGACUACAGGCAUCCGCCAGUCUUGGACUACCAGCAGCCACCACCGCUGGACUACAGGCAGCCCCCUUUGAUGGACUACAGGCAACAUUCUCCUGACACCAGGCAAUAUCCCCUCCCAGAUUACAGGCAGCCCCAGGAUUUUGAUUAUUUUACUGUUGACAUGGAGAAGGGAGCCAAAGGAUUUGGAUUCAGUAUUCGAGGAGGAAGAGAGUAUAAAAUGGAUCUCUAUGUGUUGAGGUUGGCAGAAGAUGGGCCAGCAAUAAGAAAUGGAAGAAUGAGGGUGGGGGACCAAAUCAUUGAAAUUAAUGGGGAAACCACAAGGGACAUGACACAUGCCAGAGCAAUAGAACUCAUCAAAUCUGGAGGCAGAAGAGUACGGUUGCUACUGAAACGUGGAACUGGACAGGUCCCAGAAUAUGACGAACCAAACUCCUGGAAUUCUCCCGCUGCCACCUCCCCAGGUCUGCCGGAAGUAACUAUUUCCCUUGAUGACAUUGUCUCACCAUUAUCUUCAUCACAUCUAGCCCAACCCUCUGACCCUUCCCACCAGAUAAACCCAGAACCAACAUGGGAUGUCAAGAGGGAACAUGAUGUAAGAAAACCAAAGGAGCUUUCAGCAAAUGGCCACAAAAAGAAAAGGUUAGGUGAGCAAAGAGAGAGGUCUGCAAGUCCGAAAAAGGUAGACAGGUCAAAGCACGAAGAGGCUUCCAGGAAAGGAAGCUCUGAAGGGAAGAGCAAGCCUGGCGAAAGUGGCAGGCCAGCGUCAGAAAGUAAGGCAGUCGGACUGAACAGGAUGGCCGAGGCUGGAGUGCGAGAACAUGGGUGUGCUGGAAACAAUGAGGAAUUAGCCGGGAGGUCCAAGUGGCUGGAAAGCAAACGAGGCGGAUCUCUCAGUGCAAAAGAUCUCAGUGCUGCAGUUGGAUCGGAGAAGAAACUGGCUGCAGCUUCCGAACACGUCAAGCUGGAUUCCACUGGUGCUACAAAGGCGUACAGUAGCAAUAGCUGCAGCUCUCACGGAAGUGACAUGGAUCACAACCAGAAGGAACCCGAUAGGAAGCCCAGAGAGUUCCCAAGGAAGGGACAUCUCCAUUCCAUUCACACACGCAGCACCAACAUGACAGCUCGGAAGGCAACCGUCUCACCGGGACCAUGGAAGAUCCCUGGUUCUGAUAAGCUACCUGGUGUACUCAAAUCGGGCACUUCUGCCAUGAGCAGAUAAACCAGCGACCGUUGCCUUCUAACUGUUUCAUAGUGAUGCAGAACAUCUCUCCUAGUGUCUGUCUCACACUGAUUUACUUUAAUUUAUUUUAACGAUCACACACAUACAUGCUCAAAGCAUUGAGAAAUUGUGACAAUAAUGUGUAAUUCCAUGACCACGUGCAUAGCGUUUUAAUAAGUUGAAGCAACAUGUAGUCACACAGUAUUUAAAUGCGACCCUAAAGUCCCUAGAUUCAUUUCAGAGACUUUGGCAGCUAUGGAAGAAACCAAAAUAAUAUGAAGGACAGUUGACCACAAGGACAGUGCAGUGUAGCUUUAGUAUGUUGUUUUCCACUGCAUGAAGGACUUGGGAUUUUCAUUCAAACUUUAUAUCAAGAAACUGGAAGAAGUUAGAGCAAUCACAAACUGGAACAUCGCCUUAAAUAAAACUGCACGGAGCAAGCUAAAAGUGGAAAUAGAAUCUUUUAUCUGUGUUACAUGUUGUAAAUAAAUUGUUCUCAACAUAUCCAGAGGGGGGGUGGGGUUGAAGCAUUUGAAAUUGUACAUCCAAGACCUGUCUCCACUGUUAUAACACUUUGGAAUAGACCACCCCAAAACCAGUAGCAUAAUUCAUUAUGCAAGGUGAGAAACCCUAGUGCGGCUGGCUGGUGCAACACCAUUUCUACUGCCAUUUUUAUGGACAAACCCAUAUUCUUGUACGUUGGGAGAAGAAAUAGGGUGGAACUGUAUUUCCAAAUCUAGACUCAAGCAAUUUAUCACAAGUUACUACCCCACGCGCGCACACACACACACACACACACACACAAAUGACCCCAGGAUUACCAGGCACUACACAGAUCUCAGCAUGGAGAAAUGAAACAUGCAUUUUCAAGGCCACUAAGGUGAGAGGGUGAUUCUUGACAGAUUAUAAACUGCAGUUUCCUUUCAUAACAGCCUCAGUCUCCUGCAGGAAGUCUCAACACUCUCUCAACACGUCUUCAACCUCCCUUUAAUAUGAUUAUCUUGAGUUCUCUUCCUCUAAGAAUUCGAAGAUAGAAAUCUAAAAAAAUGAAAUCACAUAUCCAUCAGGCAUCCAGCCCUUUUUUUGCUUCCAUAUUCUUCUUUAUGUCUUUCUUGCCUGUUGCUUUCAAAUCUUAAGUGCCACGAGAAUGUUUGAUUCCACACCGAUGAGGCACACCUUCUCCAGUGAGCUCCAUUCAUCAGUUCUGUAUGCCUGAGGGGUUUUCCAUUUUUCCAGCAACAGCAAUACAGACAAGAACAAAAACAGCAGCACUUGGUAAUAAUAUUUAAAUAAAAAUCACAGUGUUGAUUGCACUUGGGAAUAGGUCUUUGGCAAACCCUUCGGAAGCAUGCACUGCUCCAUGACUGAGCAAACUCCAGUUGCUAUUUAAAGUCAGUGGAAGUGUUGAUUUGGAGAAAAGUGUGAGGAGGUGAUGGCGCAUUCUCCACGCUUGGUGCAAGGAUUCCACAUCUCACUAGCUGUCCCAGCCAUUUAUCAGAGAGAUGUUGAAGCUUUAUUUUUUCCUUCAGGAGAACUAGAGACAUCUUUCUGUUGAAGUAGUUGGAAAAGAGGAAAGAAAGGAUUUUGCACCUUGAAACAAGAUGCAUAUUUAAGAACUAGUCCCAUUAUAAUUUUUUUAAAAAGCACAAAGAUAUGUAGCUGUUUACAAAAUAUAUAUAUAGUUUUUAAUUACAAAAUUAGAGAUAUAUCUUUAUCCCCAACCCAGACAUUGGGCAUAAUUUGCUGUUAAUUUAUUAAAUCUGGAUUGUGGGCAGGACUUCCUUCGUGGGAAUGGAAAGGCAUGUCCAACAAUAUUAUUUCCUACACAUGAUGAACAGAAGCAAACGGCACUGGGGGAAACAAUUGCGAUUAUGCUUGCAUAAGCUCUGAUUUGCACAGUGCCCAGCGACUCAUUGUGCAGUAAUUGCUUUAUGCAGCUGUAAUUGAUAACCUGUGAAGACAGCACAUCAUCUGAACCCCAUUCCAAAUAAUAUUUCUGUGUAGUGUUAGCUGUGAAUUUACCUUGUACAGCUCUAUCGCUAUAAAUAUAAUUCCAUGUAUUAAUAGUCACAGAAAGGCUGUAAGUGAGCAACUAUUUUUAUGAAACGCACCACUAUGGAUAAAUUAACUUUUACAGAAAUCUUGUUUACUGUAUGAUAUUCUAAACCACUCAAAUAAAAUAUAUAUCCAAGAAUCUUUUUCCCAA